AUGACUGUUGACAAUCCGGCAGCCGACCUGGAGAAGAACAGCGCCCCAGCGGCAGAGGAGCCUGAGGGAAAGCAUCCAAAGGCCGCAGCUUUCACCACCGUACUCGCUUCAUCAGCACCUGAACGAGCUCUGCUCAACAUCGCCAACGCAAAGGUCCUCAACUCAUCAACCGAGAAUGACAUGCAGACCGAGACCGCCACCACCAACUACCAGUCCCACAUCGCGGUGAUGAUAUUCCUCAUCGGCUACUUCUUCUUCGAAGUCCCCUCCAAUAUCCUGCUCUAA